UUUAGGAGUAAAAAGACUUCAAGGGAUGUUUUCUUGAACAAAUCUUGUAUACAUAUCAACCAACAUUGAUCAUGGUUUUCAAUAGGGUCCCAUAACCUAUUGUGGUGAUAGCUUUGUUUUCAACUUCCAACAUUUGCUUCAAACACCAACCAAAAUUCUUCAUUCUCUUUGAUUUUUUUAAUUUUAUUUUAUUUUAUAAAUAGCUUUCCUUGAUAGAAACAUAUGCAACAAGUGGAAUAAUUCCAAUACAGAUAAAAUUCACACAACACCUUUUUUUCCUCAUAUUCUCUUGUAUCUUCUCACUAUAGCCUCAAUGAAGAUGCUUAGAUUCACAAAGAAGCAACAUUUGGUCUGUUUACUAUGUGUAUGGUGUUUGGUGGUGGAUUGGAGCAAGGCAGAAACAGAGGAGAGUGAAGGAGGUCCCAUGGAGAAAACAGAGCAAGCUGCUCUUUACUCUACCAUUCAAGGAUUUGUUGGUGACUCUUGGAAUGGCUCUUAUCUUUUUCCUGACCCUUGUGGUUGGACUCCGAUCCAGGGUGUGACUUGUGAUGUGUAUGAUGAUCUUUGGUAUGUGACUGCUUUAAGCUUUGGGACUAUGCGAGACAACUCUCUAGCUUGUGCUGAGAUUCCAGUAAUCAGACCACAACUCUUUGAGCUCAAGCACCUCAAGUCUCUCUCUCUUUUCCACUGUUUCACAUCACCAAACCAAUAUCUAGCUUCAAUUUCAGAUGAGAAGUGGAUGGAUCUCUCUAAGAACUUGGAGACACUUGAGAUCAGAUCAAACCCAGGACUGAUCGGUGAACUACCUUCUUUCAUCACUAACCUCACCAAUCUUGAAUCUCUUGUUGUGCUAGAAAACCAGUUAACAGGUCCAUUGCCAGAGAAUGUAGCGAAGUUAACCAGACUGAGACGCUUAGUACUGUCUGGAAACCAGUUCACAGGGAGAAUACCAGAGGUCUACGGAUUAACCGGAUUAUUGAUAUUGGAUCUUAGCAGGAACUUCUUCUCUGGAUCGUUGCCUUUGAGCCUUGGAGGAUUAAAUUCACUGCUGAAGCUCGAUGCUAGUAACAAUAACUUGGAAGGAAAGUUACCUAAAGAGCUACAGUCUUUAAAGAAUCUGACUCUUUUGGACCUUAGGAACAACAGAUUCUCGGGUGGGUUGACUAAAGAGAUCCAAGAGAUGAGCUCUCUAGUAGAGCUUGUUUUGUCCAAUAACCAUCUUGCCGGGGACUUAACAGGAAUAGAGUGGAGAAGUCUGAAGAAUUUGGUGGUCUUGGAUCUCUCCAACACAGGGCUAAAAGGGGAGAUUCCUAGGUCAAUCUUGGAGCUCAAGAAACUGAGGUUCUUGGGUUUAAGCAACAACAAUCUCAGAGGCAAACUCAUUCGGGAAAUGGAAACCGAAAUGCCUAGUCUCAGUGCGCUCUAUGUAAACGGAAAUAACAUCAGUGGAGAGCUUGAGUUCUCUAGAAUGUUCUAUGAGAGGAUGGGAAGGAGACUUGGUGUUUGGGGAAACCCUAAUCUUUGUUACCACGGAGAUGAAAGCAAGAACCUUGGUGAUCAUGUUCCUUUUGGAGUUAACCGAUGCAAGAGAAUAAAGGAGGAUACUUUGGCGUAAGACAGAUAUCAAAACCCUCGUUUUUAAAUCAAAGGGUUGGUGUGGCGAACUUGGUCAAUCUUGGAGCUCAAGAUUAGUUGGAACUUGAAAGCUGUGGUCUUUUUUCAACAUGUAUUUAUCCGACUUUACAGCCAAUAUAUCUUGUUUGAUUCUUUUUUUU